AUGUUUGUCCAAUCUAAGGUUGUGCGUUCCAAACGCAAGCAAAUAAAUAAUGUAGGGCAACACUUUGUCCUAUUCUUUUCCCGAGUCGUCCGUUAACUCCCUCACCGUAGCCGCCGUAGAAACAGCCGUGCACCGCUUUGUAGUAACCUGGCGGUAGCAAAGACGGGAGGAGUGCUCCUACAAAAGCGAAAAAAGAAAGUGGCAGAUAGAGAAACACAAAGCCACUGUGUUAAAACUCCUUUCCUAAUCCCGUCACCUCUCUCUCUCUCUUUCUCUCACUCUCUCUCUCUCUGCGUUGGAGCACCCGCGCCACCCAUCACCCUCGGAAAAUGGACUAAUUUUCUUGCGAGUUAUCGGGAAAAUUUUUCUAUUGUGCGUCGAUCGGGGCUUCUCUGCCAUGGAGGAUACCCAAUCAGUUGCUGUGCUUAUUGAUUCAACGAACUCUAAAAUACAGCAGCUUCAGAAAGCAUUUGCUGAACUUGAAAGUCACCGAGCCAUUACCCUCAAUCUGAAAUGGAAAGAACUCGAGGAACAUUUUCAUGGGCUUGAGAGGUCCUUGAAGAGGCGUUUUAUUGAGUUGGAGGACCAGGAAAAGGAGUUUGAAAACAAGACAAUGGAAGCCCAAGUAUUGCUGGAGAAGCGGGAAGCAGCUGUUGUAGAGAAGGAACAAGCUUCGUUGGAGAGGCUUCAAGAGAAGAGAGAUGCUGCUGUCUUUGCCAUUGCUAAUUCUCUUGAGAAGCACAGGAAGUUGUCAUCUGUGGAGUCUGCUGUUGUUACCAGUGAGGCCCUUGGUGAGUUACCUGUUGUGGAAGAAAAAACAGCUGAUGCCAUGGCUGCAGAGAGUAACUUAGAUAACAGGAGGGACUCUUUUGAAAACGGAAAUGUGGAGGUGAAGUCUUAUCCUCAGCUUGUUAAACUAUGUGCAGAGAUGGACUCUGAAGGGCUACACAAAUUUAUAUCAGAUAACCGUAAGAACCUUGCUUCCAUGAGGGAGGAAAUCCCACUUGCAUUUAAGGCGGCUGCUGAUCCUGCUUUCUUGGUUUUGGACUCUCUGGAUGAUUUUUAUCGUAUUGAAGUGCCUAAUUUGGAUGGAAAGAAGGAUUCCAGUUUGUUGGGUCUCCGUCGAACCUGUAUCAUGUUGAUGGAGUGCCUUGGCAGUCUACUGACGAACCCAGAGAUAUCUCCUCAUGAUUUAAUCUCAGAAGAUGCUAAGGAGCGAGCGAGGGCUAUUGCUGAGGAAUGGAAACCAAAGUUGGAUGAUCUUGACAUGGAUGCCAGCAACGGGAACUCCUUGGAGGCUCAUGCAUUUUUGCAACUUGUAGCCACGUUCGGCAUUGCUUCUGAUUUUGAUCAAGAAGAAAUAUCCAAGCUGAUACCGACGGUGUCUCGUCGCCGACAGACAGCUGAUCUUUGUCGCUCUCUGGGGUUGACUAAGAAAAUGCCAGGUGUAAUUGAAGUGCUAAUAAGUAGCGGAAGGCAAAUUGAUGCUGUUAACCUUGCUUUUGCGUUUGAGUUGAUGGAGCAGUUCUCACCUGUACCUUUGCUGAAAUCCUACUUGAAGGAGGCAAAGAAAGCUUCUUCACCGGUGAAACCUGGAAACACUUCUCCAACUGCGCAGAAUGAGGUGAGUGAACGGGAGCUGACAGCACACAAGGCCGUGAUAAAAUGCAUUGAAGAGCACAAGCUGGAGGAGCAGUUUCCCUUGGACGCACUCCAAAAACGUGUUGUCCAGCUGGAGAAGGCCAAGGCGGACAAAAAAAGGGCGACUGAAGCCACGAAGCCUCAGCCCAAGAGACCCCGUGCCAAUGGUGUUGUAGGAUAUGGGCCCCGUGUCACUAACAUCGCCGCUGACAAGAUCUUCUACUCGAGAGCUGCUGAUAGGUACCCACAGUACAUGUAUGACAGGCCAUAUGUUUAUCCUGGACCAGCCGACAACCAUGGCCCAUCUCUUCUUGGCUCUGCUACUUACGGCCUAUCCCCUGGUCACGGCAACUACUUAGGAAACGGGUACCAGUACCAGGCCCCAUACCUUCACUAGCUUGCGGAGGUGGUGAAAGGGGGAUCCAGAUGAUCAUGUCCCUUUUAACUUGUUAGCGUUAAUCCUCAACUUUCGUUUGAUGUUGCAAUUCUGAACAAUUUAGUGAAAAAAUGAAUAGCUUUCUUGAUGUUUAAUUUGGUGUAGAAGCCAGAUGUUUUAAUCCUCUAAAUAUAUGCACCCUGCUGCUGAUAUUUAAUAUAAUCAUGGCACCAGUUUGUAUC